GUGAAUAAAUAAGGGAUGGCAGUGCCAUGCCAGGGAUAUCUCUCAAGGGUUUCAGAGUUCUGCCUCAAGGAAUACAGUGGAUUGCAUUCCAUUGCAGUUGGAGGCAUGGAGCCAAAAACGGUCCUCAUCACGGGCUGCUCAUCAGGAAUAGGUCUGGCACUAGCAGUCAAGCUGGCAAAAGAUGACAAGAAAAGGUUCAAAGUGUAUGCAACCAUGCGAAAUUUAAAAAAGAGCACACAUCUGGUGGAGGCAGCAGGGAAGACACUUGGGAGAACACUGGAAAUAAAGGAGCUGGAUGUUUGUGAUGAAGACUCUAUAAGAAGUUGUGUGGACAGCAUUCCAGAGAAGAAAGUCGACAUACUUAUCAGCAAUGCUGGAGUAGGUCUAAUUGGGCCAAUUGAAUGCCAGACCAUAGAGGAGAUGAAAAAAGUGAUGGACACAAACUUUUUUGGUCUUGUUCGACUUCUUAAAGUGGUCCUUCCUGAUAUGAAGAGGAGAAAAAAGGGACACAUUGUUGUGAUAAGCAGCGUUAUGGGAAUCCAAGGAAUUAUGUUUAAUGAUAUAUAUGCCGCAUCUAAAUUUGCUGUGGAGGGGUUUUGUGAGAGUCUAGCUGUUCAGGCUUUGAGAUUUAAUCUACACCUUAGCCUCAUUGAACCUGGUCCAGUGAUCACAGAAUUUGAAUCUAAGGUUUAUGAAGAAUCCUUGAAAAUGGAUCUUUCUGCAGCAGAUGAAGAAACUGCAAAUAUAUACCUGAAUGUUUAUAUGAAACAUUAUAAAGAGAUCUUUCAAAGUCUUGGGCAGUUACCUGAAGAAAUAGCAGAGCACACACUUAAGAUAAUUACACUUGAUAAUCCACCAUUCAGACAUCAAACCAACAGUCUCUAUACUCCAGUGACAACACUCAAGUAUGCUGAUCCAACCGGAGACCUUUCUGUUGAUGUCUUUUACAAGUCUGUUUUUAAGUAUGAUAAAAUUUUUACUGCCAGUCUGAACUUCCUCAAGUUACUUAGAUGGAGGAGCAGAAAAAGCUUCACUCUGGACUAACCAAGUCAAUGAGCCCCGUGCACAAUUUAUCAAACUGCACAUAAGGAAGAUGGACAUAUAUUUAGGAGCUGUACUGUGCAAUAGUGGUUCUAGGAUAAAUCAGGAAACAGGCUAUUUUCUAAAUCCUUAUUGCAACCAUUUGGGAAGAAAUUUAAAGAAAUGAAUAUUCAGAUUAGACAGAUUAAUAUGUUAAUAAAUUUACAGCUGAUGUUUAGAACAGAUAUAGAAUCUCUCAAAAAUGUAUUACUGGGGAAAUAGCAACUUUGGUUAAAAAGACAGUAAUUGCUUUAAAACUAAAAAUAUUUUUUAGGUAUCCUAAAGUAAAUACACAAACGUGGUUCCCAAUAAAUUACGCAAAGUUAGAAAGUAAAUCUUAACAUUGUUGGCAACAAUCUAAAGCUAAUUUAAAAAGCAAUAUUGGAAUA